AUGAGCAUCAAUGUUAUACCUGUUCUUAAUCCUCAUCAAAAAAUGGAAGGAAUCUAAAAUGUAAGACCUUAAGAAAUACUUAAAAUUCUUGAAAAAGCAAAAAAUCUACCCAUCAAACAAGAAGGUGACUUUGUUAAGUUACAAAAUUAUCAAUUCUAAGUUGAUGAAUUUGAAGAAAUGGAAGAUCCUUUAAAAAAUAAUAAAAAAAACAAAAAGUAAUCUAAAAAUGAUUUGAAAAAAGAAUCCUAAAAAGAAUCCUAAGAUUCUAAAGAUAAACAAUAACUUGAUCAAAACAAUGAUAUUGAUUUAAAAAAAUAACCAAAACCAAAAGCUAAAUAAAUUAAGUAACAACCAAAAAUCUAAUAAGAAUAAAAAGAAGAAAUUCUAGAUGAUUAAGAAAAUUAAGAUAUUUAGGAUAAUAAUAACGAAGAAGAAUAAUUGUAAGAAUAAUAAUAAAAUGAUGAAGAAGAAAAUUAACAAAAAGAAAGUGAAGUUGAUUUAAAUGAUAUGUAAAAAUAAUUAAAUGAAUAUGAAGAAGAAAAUAAUAACUAAUUAUCAAAAUCAUAAUAAUAGUCUGAAGCACAGGAAAAUUCUUAAAUUUAACAAUCAUAAAUUUCUUAAAAAUCUUCAAAUUAGAAAAAGAAGAAAUUUUAAUCUGGAUAUGCUGCUAUGAUGGAUGAUCUCUUAAAUGAAUCAGAAGUAUCAAUUAAUGACGAGUAAUAAUAAUCUAAAAAAGAAAAAAGUUAAGAAAAAUAAAUGAUUUCAUCAUAAAUUGAUGCUAAAAAAGAACAAGAAUAUCUGAAGAUUAUAAAAUAAUACUAAUAAAAAAUUAAAUAAUUGAAUGAAGCAAUUGAAUAAUAAAAAUAGCCGGUUCUUAGUGAAAUAAUAGAAGAUUAAAUAGAAGAUAUCUAAGAAUAACUUGAUAAAACUGAAGAAUCCAUUUCAAAUAAGAAACAUCUAUAUCCUGGUAUGGCUGGAAUAGGAAUUAGCUUAUAUGAUGAAUUUAGAUUGCCUCAAAUUGUUGAAGAUUAAGUAUAACAUCGUCUUAAAGAAUUGGGAGUCUAAGAUAGAAAUAAUUAAUAAGAUGAAUACAACGAAUAAAGAAUAAAGGAUCUUGAAGAAUAACAUUAAGCUGAAAUUAAUAAAAUUAAAUAAAAUUAUGAAGAAUAAAUGCAAUAAAUGAAAUUAGAAAUAGAACUUUAAUAAUAAAAGAUUUUAGAAGCAGAGAAAAUAGGAUAUGCUGAAUCAGAAAUAAGUAGGGUAAUAGAUAAAGAUGAAAUUGAAAAAUUAAGAAAAGAUCCUCUCUUUUCUGUUAUGAGUUCCAAUUUAUAAUAGUCUGUAGAUUCAAAUGUCUCUGAAUUAAUGAAAGAUGAAAGCAUUUAUUUAAAAUAUAGGGAUGUUUUAAAGAAAUACUAACCUUAAGAAAAUCAUUUGGAUAAUUGUAUGGAAAUUAUCAAUUCAAAAUUUCAUGAUCUUAUAACUCUUAAAGAAGCCUAAGAAUUCAAUCAAUUAAAUACGGAUUCAAAUAUCUCUCUCAGUAAAGUAAUGGGUAUUGGAGAUGCUAUUAAUCUUAUUGAAUAAAAUUAAAAUAUUAAUUCAGAUAUCGAUUCUAUUAUUUCACCUUCUGAAUAAAUUAGAUUUAAAAAAGAUCCUAAAUUUUAGGAACCUUCACUUCCAGAUUCAAGUAUUGAAUUUUCAAUACCAGAAAAUUACAAACUUUAAAAAAUGAUUGACAGUGAUUACAGUAAUUUAAAUAUGAAUAUCAAUGAAGAUGGUUCUUUGUUUCUGGAAUUAUAAAAGGAACUUGAAUAAAAUUAUCCUAUUAAUGAAUCCAAUAAAUUUAUUGUUUAUUAAUAAAUUAUUUAAGAUUAAAAGUAAGUGUUUGAUAAGCAAGUUAAAAAACUUUCAAAAUUAAAGCCAACUUAUAAAUCUAAAUAAUAUUUUGGAGAAUCAAUAGAUUCAUCUAUUGGUUCUUUAGCUAAUCAAUAAAUUCCAAAUGAUGUCAGUAGUAAUGUUAGUAUGAUUAGUAAAUCCUAAUCCAAAGGAUCAAUAAUUGGUUCUGUGAUAAGUGAAAAUGAAAAAGCUUAGCUAUAAUAAUAAUGUCUUUCAGAUUUAUCAUCUGUGUAAUUAUCUAAAAAUGCUAUUUAAUAAUUAGAUUAAGUAAGUAGUGGAAUAAGCUAAUUAAAUUCUAUUGUUGAUAGUUAUAGAAUACAAGAAUAAACUCCAUCUGUCAGCAGUGGAAUUAGUAAAAUCUUAAAUGAUCAAUAGCUUCAAAAAGAGAAGUAUUCUGUUGAUAGUUCUUUAAACAUUAGUCAAGGAGGAUCUUCAGUUAAAAGUUUUCUUUUGUUGAAAAAGUCAGUUAUCUCUAAAAAAUAUUGA